CCGCACGCAGGACGGGCGCGGAGGGGGUGCAACGAACCCUCUCUUUCUCUCUCUCUCUCUCUCUCUCUCUCUCUCUCUCUCGCUCGCUCGUUUGCUGUCUUGGUCACACUGCGUGGGAGGGGAGGAGUAGCGCGUAAGCUCGACUCGCCGCUAACGGCUCUGAUGCAGAGAGAGCGAGUCGCGCGUCCUCGCUAGCGCGUCGUGUCAGCUCGCUGUGUGUGACCCGUGUGCGCGCGUGUUUGUUGUUGUGUGCUGUCAGCCGAGAGACUCUCGCAGAAGAAGUAAGCGCACUCGAGAGGAAUUAUCAUGGCGACACCGCCCGCCGCAUGCUCUGGUUCCGGCAACUCUGCAGCCGAGGCCGCAGCGAGCAAUACUAAUACCACUGCUACUUCCUCCGCUGCUACUAACACUACUGGCAACGCAACCGCUGCUCAGCAGCAGCAGCAACCGGAACCCGUAGACCCGGCCACCCUCGACUUUAAGAGUCGCAGCAUCGAGCAAGCUGUCUUGCCACUCGUCUCCAAGAUCUCCAAGCUGGUGUCGCACAGGGACAGGCCGUUCCGAUGCGAACGAAAUCCAGGGGUACUGGCGCGGGUCGGCCAAGGCGUGAACCUCGCGGUCGAGAGGUUCGUCACAGUCGCCGAGACGAUAGCCGACGACAACCUCGAGGUCAAGCAGGACAUGUACGAGGCUUGCAAGGAAGCGAGGGUCGCUGGAUCGGCCAUCGAGAAGCUAUGCGAGCGAGCGAUGGAGGAGAGCAUGACGGACAGGGAAGCCGUGGUGCGAGCGGCCAAGUGCCUGCUGGGCUCGGUGACGCGAGUCCUGCUGCUGGCAGACAUAACCGUGGUUAAACAGCUGCUCAUGGCUAAGGACAAGGUGGCACGUAGCCUGGGACGACUCGAGAGCGUCUCGAACUUCACCGAAUUCGUCAAGGCCUUCAGCCAGUUCGGCGCCGAAAUGGUCGAACUGGCUCACAUGACGGGCGACCGACAGAACGAUCUGAAAGACGAGAGGCGGCGAGCUCAAAUGGCGGCGGCGCGACAGGUCCUGGAACGAAGUACGAUGAUGCUGUUGACGUCGAGCAAGGCCUGCCUCAGGCAUCCCGAGUGCCCUUCAGCGAAGGAAAACAGGGACACGGUUUUCUGCCAGAUGAGGCGAGCGAUGGAUCUCAUUCAUUACGUCGUCAAGGACGGCGUCCUCGACUGCAGCGAAUCCACCUACUCCAAUUCACAAAGUCCACAGCAGGAGGACUGGGACAGCAGUACCGUGUUCUCGGCUCUGAAGCAGUUCGAGAGGCUGGUCGAGUCGACGCGGAUGACGCUGUUGUCGGCGGGUUGUCGCGAGACCCUCACCGCGGCGCUGGACGUCGUGGUCGAACGUACCCAGGACUUUACCGACAGCGCCUACACCAGCCACGAACACAGAGAGAACAUCCUACUGCUCUGCGACAGAGCUAAACUCGAGCUUAACACGCUACUCAGAGUCGGCAACAGUAUGAAUUUCGAAACGAACAGCACGAGCUCGCCGAACUCGGAAUUGGACCAGGCAAUACUGGGAGUAUUGCGGGCGACGCGCGACCUUCGCCAGCAACUGUGUCAGACGACGAUGGAGCAGGCCGGCGAUCUCGGGCAGGUCACAAAGGCCGGACAGGAGCUCGUGUCGACCAUCCGGAACCUCGCGCUCGCCAACGAUAUCGACAGAUUGCAGGAAAGCAGCGAUCGAUUCCACGAGUACAUUGAGCACAUACUCGAGGUCUGCAAGCUCCUGAGACACAUCGCGCUCUCGGAGUCCCUGCAGGUCUCGGCGAAGUUCACGGAGAUCAACCUGCGGAUAUACGGACCUCAAGUGGUGACGGCCGCGCACACGUUAGCGAGGCAUCCCACUAGCAAGAUCGCCAAGGAGAACCUCGAAGUGUUCGCAGACAUGUGGCAGUGGCUGAUGUCGGACGUGACAACCGUGGCGAAAGACGUCCUCGAACUGACCCAGAGUCGACCCGAGAAGCAAGUCUACAUGUCCCUUCCUCGACCAGGAAAGCACGGGACGACCAGCAAACCACUGAAACCGGUGAGGCUGGACAGCGAGGAGCAGGCGAAAAUAGCGAAAGCCGGCCUCGAGAUGAAGCGCAUAACCUCGGAGAUGGACGCCGAGACGGAAAAGUGGCAGGAGAACGGCAGCGCUCUGGAGGAGAACAACGACAUCGUGAAGCGCGCGAAGAACAUGUCCUCGAUGGCCUUCUCCAUGUACCAGUUCACGAGGGGCGAGGGGGCCCUGAAAACCACCCAAGACCUCUUCACGCAAGCUGAGUAUUUCGCCGAGGAGGCCAACAGAUUGUACAAAGUUGUGAGACAAUUCAGCUACCAGGUACCGGGUGGGCCACACAAAAAGGAACUCCUGGAGAACCUGGACCGUGUGCCGACGUACGUCCAGCAGUUACAGUUCACCGUGAAGAAUCCCACCGUGGGAAAAGCCGCCACUUUCAUUAAAGUCGACAACGUCAUCCAAGAGACGAAAAAUCUCAUGAACGUCAUAUCGAAGGUUGUCACUACGUGCUUCGUUUGCGCCACAAAGUACAACCUGGAUUUCCGAGGUCUGUCGGCGCGCGGGGCCGGCGGCUCGCCGUACCGGGGCGGAGACGGCUCGGGUGCCGAUGGCGACGGCAGCGGCGCAGGUGGCGACGGCAGCAAGGUGGGCUCCGCCCCUGGCAGCGAUCCGUCCGUCUGACAGUUCGGGAUGGCCCGACGGGCCAAGGGGGACGCUCGCCGCACACGGGUUUCCUUUUUGCUUUUCUAAGGCUCCGCGCGAUUUCCUGCUCCACCAGGCAGAGCACUCUCGUCAUCCCUCGUUAUCCAUCUACGCCAUUGGCUCUUUCUUUCUCGAUCUUCCUCGUCUUGUCGUUGGGAAGACCGUCCAAAUUCGCCGAUCACGCUUCCGUUUCUUGUUAUAACUUCUCUGCCGAUGACGUGGAGCGCGAAACGAGCCUGAGAAGGAAACCUGAGGGCGGCAGCAGGGCGGUCAGGGACGUACUUUGUGGCAAAGACGAAGCCGAGAUGCCGUGUGACGACGCGUUUCUCCAAACGCACUUGUCAUCACGACAUCUAAACACAUCUCCUGCGAUAUUCUGUAAUGCCCAGCGUCGUCGAGAGCUUCUGUGCAUCGAGGCUCGAGCUUUGGAGCCGUGAGAGGCGAAGAUUAAGGCUCGAGGCUUGACCGGAGAAUCGACGACGCUGCGUACACUUACUUACCAAUGUAAUACCGCGAGGACAGAGCCGUCUAAGAGCCGGGCUUCCCUUUGUAAUUAUAACAGUGCCACGCCGUUCUUUCCAAAAGUGUACAGUCUGCGAAAAAAACAAACCAAAGGUCGAGCUUCUACCGCACGAUAUAAAGUCUAUAGUUUAUACAGCGGGACGAUCGGUUGUUCUUUUCCGGCGAUCGAAAGUAACGUUUACAAAGUUUUUUCUACACACUCACACACUCGGCGGAUAAUAUAUAAUAUGGUGGUUAUAUAUACAAAUAUAUGAUGAUGACAAUUAUGUAUAUGGAUGUGUGUGCAUGCGCGGCCGCAGCGCCUUAAAUAAGUUCUAGAUCUGUACGACGUAAAUUGUAAUUUUAACGAUAAUAAGAUUAAAGACACGAGAUAUAUAUAUAUAUAUAAUAUACAAAACACGGAGACACACAGUGAACUGAUUAGUCUCUAACGAAUUAUAUAGAGAGGCGAUGAUGAUGGUGAUGAUGAUGACGAUGAAGGGGGGACGAGGACCCAAAGUUCGAAAUCGUAACAUUUAGGUGCAUUUAUAGAUGAUGAUGAUGAUACCCUCUAGCAUGUUGGAUACAUCUACUUUUUUCCGAUUAUCAUUGUUAUAUCGUGUAAUGAAUAUAUUAUAUAUGUGAAAUCGCGGGAGCGACGAAAACCACACUGUAAAUACGUAUACGACACACGUUUAAAUUUGAAUUUUUUUCCUCUUCUUUCGAACAUUCUGUACACACGUAUCGUACAGAGUUGGCACAAAGAAAAAGCUCAUUUUUGCCCUCUUCGCUUAUCUCAACGGCACUCAUUUGUACUGCGUCGAGUCGACGUAAAUCGGAUGUGUACUCGGGACAUUUUUCGCAUACGCUUAUGGUAACAUCGUUGUCUCGAAGUGGUACGAGUGACUUCGUAUUCAUUGCGUUUACUUCCUUUUCUUUUUGUAAAAGUACGUCCACAGACUCUUCUCCCUGUUAAUUCCGCGAAUCGAGAGAGAAAUCGGUUGUAGAUCGCGAAGCGAAUGUGUGACGAAUGAUAACACCAAAACUUGUCUGUGGAGCUACUUGGCGAGUAUGUAUAUCUGCACUGGCGAUGCACUAAAUAUACGGGAACUUCGCAAAGAUCGGCUGCGUUAUCGUAACUAAGGCGGCUGAUCUUUCGAAUUAUCCUCCAAAGUUCCUAGGUACAUGUUUGAGAAUACGGAAGUGACCGGCUGCUUCGGUUCACCUUCUCUUUUCUUGAGAUACAAUUAGUUGCGUUUGAAAUAAAAAAAAACAAUUAAAAUAAACAAAACACUUUUAAAUGUCGAUAUAUUGUGUAUAUUGCUAUUACAUUAAACGACGAUUGUACAAACUCUGUAUCAUACCCUUUCUCUUGUUGUUGCUUUUAGUUUACUAAUAGCGAUCAUGAUUUCGAGUUUCAUCCGUUAUGAGUUGUGUAAAGUGAAUUGAAUUGAUAGAAAAACACAUACUCGAGUGCGGAGGAUUGAAAAAAAAUAAUUAUGUCAAUGACGGCACAAAUAUUAAAAAAAAAACACUUGCGACGUCGUAUAAAAGAGAUCAUUUCUAUAAGUAUAGUUCUUGAGUCACUUUCUUAGUCACAUUCUGGUGCUUAUGUGUUAUCUGAACUUGAAUAUAAAUAUAUCGAUGCCGCGCCUUAUUACAAUCGCAUUCGUUGAACUUAUUAUGUAAAUGAUUAUCGCAAAUUCGUUCGUCUUUUUUCUAUGAUAAUACUAUUAGUCUCGAACACGAGAAUAAAAAUAUAAUAGUGCUAAUGAUGAAACAAGGUUAUUUGGUACCUUAUAAUAGAGGAAAAAAGAAGAGACAAAGAGAUACCUCGUGUUAUAUUAUAUGCUGUAAACGAUAUAGCGUUAAUGGCUUUUGUUAUUCGAGAAAAGAAGAGAAAAGCGCGACACAGAGACGCGCGUCGCGUUUUCUAUAAUUUAUGGAGAAAAAGAUUUAUUAUGUAACUUAACGAUGAAUGUUGUUGAUCAUUAAAUAAACAGAAACACUUAAUAUAACAUAAUACAUUUAACGUAUAAGCGUCAUCGGCAUUUUAUAUAAAUGUUAUCAUUGUGAAACGUGUGCAAAAUAUGUCACUGAAAAAGUCUUUCUUGGUGUACUACAUCAUAACUACUUCGAUAAAUGACAAACAAACAAAAAAAUUAAAAUAAGCAACAACCAUUCCAUUUUUGACAUAUAAUUGCUUGCUCGAUCGAUGACGCUCUCUAUUUUCUCGUAUAAAGUUUUUUAAUAUUGUUAUUAGAAAAUAUUCUUGAUAUGAUCCUGUAUCGUGAUAAAAAUUAAUACAUUUCCUCGGACAUACUCGAAGUAUAUAUAUAGUAUACCUUAUGUAUAUGUUCGUUCGACUAUGUCGUGAUUAGAUGAAAAAAAAGAACGAGGACUGCAUUUGUCAAGGUACAUGAUUUUUUCUGAAAACGUGAAGAAAAUUCCUUAACCAAUAAAAAAAAUUUAGAUAAUCAUAGACGUCAGUAAAAACAAGCUCUUAUAGUUUGAGUAGCGUAACGCACACGUUGUUACAAUUGCAAUGGAGGAAUAACGUUCGUUGAUAAUAAUAUCGGUAAAGAAAAAAAAAGUAAACGAGUAAUCGCGAAUUUGAAUUAGGAGCGAACAACUUUAUGAAUCGUUAUUUUAUCUUAUAAUACGUAAUCGUCGACUGGAAAUUAGUUUAAAGAUUUCGUGCCUGCCGUUGUUAGAGUCAAAGAAAUUUAAAGCAUUCAUUGUUGAUUUGAUUAUUUAGUUUGUAUAAUCAAUGAAUUAACUCGAUAAAUAUGAAUUUUAAGUCUCACUAAUAUGAUCAACGGUACAGUAGAGUCACGAAGGCAGAGCAAAAAAAAAGAGUAAAAUAAACAAACCGAACGGAGCUUAAAAACAGUUGAAAGUAUUACAGUUUUGUUCAACAAAAAAGAGUGACAUUUAGAAUACAGUCAAUCGCGAAUCGUUUGUAACAAUUUUGAAUUUUUCAAACAUUAAACGAAGAAAAAAAAUCGUAAAGUUGCUGAAUCUGGCGAGUCGAUGACAAUCCCGUGUGUUUAAUUAGUCUUAUAAAAAAAAUAAAUAAAUAUCUUCACGCUAAAGACGAUAAUGUGCAACAUCGUAUUAAAAGUAUCUUGCAUAUAGUGUAUCUAGAACAACGCUACUUACUUAAAAUCUAAAGACAUACGUUUAUAAUGUGGAAUGCUAUGGUAAAAAUACGACAUUAGUUUCGCUGUUUCUUAUAAAAAAUCGCAAAAUAUGCACGUCACUCGCGACAUCAAAUUCUAUUCUAUACGAAACUCUCUUUCUAAAGGAUAAUUUAUCUCCACUUAAUAACUGUCUACACACGUAUACACUUUAUCAAACAAAAAUGGCCCUUUUAUCUCUAAGUGUGAAGAAUAGUCUGUUUGUAAGAAUGCCUUUUGCAUACGCGAAUUUUUCGUAAUAAAGAUGAAGAAACAAGCAUUGAGUAAUGAAUAUAAUAUAAACGGACAAAAAAGUAAUCAUUUUAAUGCAACUCUCGCUUGAGGACUGAUCGGACGCGCACAAGUAACUCGUUCGCAUCAGUGCUUCGAUUAAACGUUUUUUAACAAGCAAGAAAAGUUCAGCGCGAUCACUAAGUACAUAUUUAUUCGCCUACAAUUAUUGUACUGCACUUACGAAGUUCCGUGUCAAGUAAAAACAGCAGCUUCAGCCUUUUCGAUCUUUGUAUAAGCUCUAUAUCUCUGCACCGAUAUCGUUAAACAAUUGUCGCUAAUUAUGAUUUACUAUCGUGAACGCAAGAUAAAUAAUAAUAAGAUGAAAGCUCGAUACGUGAAUUUUUACAUACGCUGCACGUGAAUAGACAGAAGCUGAUGUGGUGCAUCCAUACGCGCGAAUGAUGUCGAACAAAAAAUAAAUAAAUAAAAAAGGAACAAUGCCAACGUGCAGACUUGAGAUUCUGAGUGUACAUACGAACAAUGGGAUUAAUGAUUAAACGUUAUUAAACUAUAAGGUUUAACGUAUAAGGAUAAAAAAAACUUAAGGGAUAUAAGAUCACUCGACUGAUGUAAACCAAUAAAUAAAUAAAUAUACUGAAAAGCUACGAUAAGAAUGGAAAAACAUACGUACUACUGUAUAACUUUUCUUCGUGGGUCAUGGCGCACCCUAUAUAGUAGGCCGAAUAUAAAAGACAACAAAAAAACAAACACACAUGAUUUAGAAAAUCUCUCGGUAUAGAUAGGAUAUAAUAAAGUCAUGAAUGAAAAAAAGAAAAAAAAAACAUAGGCAUAACUAGAUUAAACAAACGAUGGUGUCAUAUAUUUUGUGAGUAUAAUAGCAAGUUUUGAUCGUGGCAGCCCAUAAAGAAGGUCUUGCCUCUUCGCCAACUCGAAUCAAGCGCCGUGCAAAGGGUCAAGAUUUUUCGUACGUCUGGAGACGCGGAUGUAAGAGGAGAACUAAACGAUAUAAUCUAUAAUCUCGAGUUUGUAUACAAAAUAAAUAAAUAAAGAGAAACUUUACAUUCUUUGCA